CAUAAAAAAAAGUUUUGAAAAUUCCAAAAAUUCAAAACACAUAAAAACAAUAAAUUUUCAUAAAAACAAAAAUUUUUCAUAAAAAUAUUAAAAUUUUAAAAACUUAUUUUAAAUUAAAAAGUGCGUUUUUCGAGUGAGACAGCGUGAAUUUCGUUAAAAAGCUAACGAAAUCAGACCCAAAACAGAAAUUUUCCACUAAAAGUACUUCGAAUUUCUGCGUGGUAGAAGCUCAACUGAAAAUAAACUGUUAAAAAAGCUUAUAACUCGGCUGAAAAUAAACCGUUACAAAAAGCUUAAGGCUCAACUGAAAAUAAACCGUUACAAAAAGCUUGAAAAUUUUUUGAAAAAAAUAUUGUUUAACAAAAAAUUUCGAAAAAGCUUUUUGCACCACUUUCAAGCUCAAAAAAUUGCAAAAAAGCUUGAAAGAUUGCUUAAAUUAAAUAAGCGAGCGCCCUUUACAUUGCACCGUGCGCCCAACGACCCUAGAGUUACAGACCCCCAUACAUUCCAUAACAAGUCUAGCGCAGAGUAAACACUGCGCGACAAGCGAGAGCAGCAAAAGCAGCGGACAGGCCGCGGUACGUGGGCAUAAGAAGAAGAAGAAACAGCAGCAGCAGCAGAAGCAGCUCAAGUGCAAAUAUCAAGCGACGCGUUCCAUAACCAAAUAGACGCCUUAAAGUUGAAAGACACCAAUUGCCGUCACUGCCUAAUGGCAAGUUCGCUCAAUAAAACGAGACACAGGCGCAGAUUGACUGCGAUCUCGUUUCUAUCGAAUAUUUCAUUAGAUGGCACACAUCGGGAUACUAAAUUUGGAGCAACAAUUGGCAUUUGUGGCAACGCGGCUACAACGUACAACGCAACGGCAGCGGGAUUACAAAGUGGCGCAACGACUGGCGGCGGUAUCGGAUACGGCGGCAGCGGCGGCGGCGGCGGCAAACAGCAGCAUCAGCACCAACACUUCAACUACAAUCGCAAUAAUCGACAUCCACGGCAACAGCAACAACAACACCAUUACCAUCAACAUCACUACUAUACGCAACAUCAUGCGAAUGGCACAGGUUGCAAUGUGGGUAACGGCAACGCCGGCGGCACUGGCAUGGCUUCGGCCGCCAUGUAUCUCGCCAAUUGCGAUGAUGCGCACAUGGACCUCAUGGGUGGCGGAGGCGGCGGUAGUUGUUGUGGUGCUGGUGGUGAAGGCGGCGGCGGCACUGGCAGCGAUGGCUGUGCCGAUAGUACCGGCAGCGCCGAUGGUGAUGGGCAUUUUAGUGAAAUUGAAAAUAUGGGUCAACACUUGAUAAAUGCACGGCCAGGCAACGCUUAUAAGGGCGAUGGUGGCAAUACUAAAGCAGCAACAGCAACUGUCGCAGCCAGGUCGACAGUCAAGCAUAUGGAUAAAUCCGCUGGUGACUACGACAUCAUCAGCGGCAGCGAUGGUGGCGGCGGCGGCGGCGGCAUCGGCGUUGGCGUUGGUGUUGGUGGUGCAACUGUGACUGAGAAGCGCAAUGUUAAGCGACCCACAUCGAGUAGUCGGCAACAGUGCAAUCAUAAUUGCAGGCAAACUUCUAAGCAUGGCACCAUGGGCAUUGCCAGCAAGCAACAGUUGGCCGGCGGUAGCGGCGGUUCGGGCGCCGAGAGCGGCAGCGAUUCGGAUAGCGUCAAAAUACCAAUGAAAGUUUCCAGUUUGGGUGCUGGCAUACUAAUGCCAUUGCGUGAAAGAACUUUCAGCAAUGGCGCCAACGAUGCCAAUAUCAUGCCGGAGCGUCGCGCCCGUCUUAACACGGCACCGGGUAUGCGUAUCGGCGUCGGUGUCGGCGGCAGUGCUGGUGGCAAGCGACCGUGCAACAUUAUACACGGUUCCACGCACAUAACCGACGACAGCAGUACGGAGAGUUUGACGCCCGGCAGUUUUCCGGGCAGCUUUACUGGACGCGGCAGCAUCAGCAAGAGUGUGCAGAUCAACGAUGCUAAGGACUUACGCAUACUCAAUGCACAAGCGCACAAACAGCAUCAGUACAAGGAUGAGCGUGUGGUGUUGACGUCACGUAAGGUGCCAUUCUUUAUAUUCUCGGCAUUGCCAUACUACAAGGGUAAAAAUGGCAGAGCCGAAUUACGCAAGGAAGGUCGUCGACGCAAUCCAUCCGGUUCGCGUCCCCUAUCCGCAAUCAACGAUGCACCCUUCGAUCCAUUCGAUUUGCUGGGCAUCGAAAAGGGUGAAAGUGGGCAGGAAAUCUCCUAUGGACAUCUACUCAUACCCACACGCCAUUAUGGCAAAGAGAGCAAGAGCAAGCAUGGCGGUGGCACUUCGGGCAACACAUCACUAUUGGAUAGUCAAAUCGAAAUUACGAGUACAGCAGCACUUAAAAAUCACGGCAUCGCCAGGACAAAAGUUAUAACCUGGCAAAAGGGAAAAUGGUGCUUCACUUAUGACAACAACAAUCGCAAUAGUACCGCAAGUCCGACACCGGACCUCAAAUUGGAUUUGGAUGAUAGUUUAUUGUUGAAUGCAGACGGUACACGCGGCAUGCAGUUCCAAUAUUCCGCAAAUAUUUUGGAUGAUCCCGAAUUGAUUGCGGGCAAGCAUCGCACUUUGCUCACAUUCACGUCAUACAUGACAUCGGUGAUCGAUUAUGUGCGUCCAUCGGACUUGAAGAAGGAGUUGAAUGAUAAAUUCCGUGAGAAAUUUCCACACAUACAAUUGACGCUGAGCAAAUUACGAAGCAUCAAGCGUGAAAUGCGUCGCAUCAACAAGUUGGACAGUCGCAUUGAUUUGGUCACUAUAUCGCAAGCAUAUGUCUACUUUGAGAAAUUGAUCUUGGCCAAUCUAAUCAACAAGAGUAAUCGCAAGCUAUGCGCAGGCUCCUGUCUGCUGCUAAGCGCUAAAAUGAACGAUGUCAAAGGUGAAUCGCUGAAGAGCUUAAUUGAGAAAACCGAGAGCGUUUUUCGUGUGAAUCGCAAGGAGCUAAUCGCUUCGGAAUUCGCCGUGCUUGUGGCAUUGGAGUUCAGCUUGCAUGUGCCCAUGCAUGAGGUAUUGCCGCACUAUCAGCGUUUGCUCUACGAAUCCUAGAAUUGGCCAAAACGCUUUGCCGAAAAGCGCUUGGUAGCGGUGACAUCGCGUUAUUACUUUCGGCAUCGCAAUAGCAGCAAGAAAUGAACGCGCUUGCGGCGCGAAGUAUAUGUGGCAAUCUAAAAUGGAAUUUUAAGAGCGGAAUAGUGCUAAGCUGGAAGGCUUGAAGAAGUUUAACGAAUUGAUAUUCAAUUUGUUUGUGAGUCAGCUAGCUAAAUAUGUCAGCUGUAUGCAUUUUAUGUAUGAAGGAGUUAUUGAAAUAUGGAAAUUUCGUAUAUAAGUGAAAGAGAAAACUAUAAAAAAAUAUAACAAAAUUAAAUUUGUCGAAAAAAAACUUUGGGAGUGAAAAAAUAUUAUCACACAAGAUUUUUAGUAAAACGAAAAUUUGUACUUAAACGUUAAGAGAGCAAACAAAAAACAUUUUUUAUAGCAAGUAGGUUAGUGAAGUAAGCAUUGUGAUUACAAUUUGUAACACUUUAUAAGAGCGCAAGAGAAAUUUAAAGUUUGCUGCAGAGAAAACCGAAGUUAUACGCAAAUAUUUUGUUUAAUAAGCAAUUUUUGACUUUAUUAUGACUACUUUAUAAUUUUUUUUUUUUUUAUGGCGAUUUGUUUGAAAUUAUUUUGUGUAGUUUUUUUUUAUGUUUUAAGCGUGUACGGCGUUAAUUUAAGGUUAAUUUUUUUAUGUAACGCAAUUGUGGUAGAUUUUUUUUAAUAUAUAUAAUGUAAGCGAAAGUUUCAAACACAAAAAUGCGUUUCUAAUUUUUAUUUAUAAUUUUUUCCUUAUUAAUAAUUAAAAAUACGUGCGCUUAAUUAAUUUUAAUUAAUACUCAUGCGCCCUUUAUUGCCAUGCCGGUGACUACAUUUUUUAAUUAAAAAAAAGACAAUUAAUUUCAUAUAUUUCGGUAUUGUAAAAGUUAUUUUUUAAAACUAAAUUUUAUUUUUUGACUUUUUUAAAUUUUUACCUAAAAUCAUUAUUUUUUAAAUGUAAUUCAAAACAAUAUUUUUUCAAUUUCGAACUAAACAUUUUCUUUUUCAAUUUAAACCUAAAAAUUGAACCAAAAAUAUUUUUUUUUAAUUUCUAAUUAAAAAUAUUUUUUUUUUUCAAUUUAAACCUAAAAAUAUUUAAUUUUUUAGUUUAAUCUAGUUUUUUUUAAUUUCCAUUUUAAUUUAAAAAAAAAUAGGUUUUUUUCAAUGUCGAACUAAAAAUAUUUUUGUUUUUCAAUUUCAAACUAAAAAUUUUUUUUUUUAAUUUCAACUUAAAAAUAUGUUUGUUCUUCAAUUUUAGCCUGAAAAUAUUUUUACCGAAAAAUAUUUUUUUUUUCAAUUUUAGUUUUAAUCAAGAGAUGUUAUUCCUCCAAUUUUAUUUUAAAAAUAUGUAUUUUUUCCAAUUUCACCCUAAAAAUUUGUUUUUUUUUUUAAUUUAAAGCCAAAAUUUUUGGUUUUAAUCUAAAAAAAUUUUUUCUCCCAAUAUUAACCUAAAAAUAUUUUUUUUUUCAAUUUCAACCUAAAAGUUUUCUUUUUUUCAAUCUUAACCUAAAAAUUAUUUUUUAAAAAUUUACCCUAAAAAAUAUUUUUUUUCCGAAUUUUUUUUUUCAAUUCUAACCUAAAAAAAAAUUCUCUGAGCAAACGUAAACAUUUACAUAUUAUAUAUUAGCACUUAAAAUUUAUUAAUACAUAAUAUACUUACAUAAAUAUCUAGCUACACAUAAAUUAAGUGAACAGCGACAAAUUAUUAUAUGACACAAUACAAAAACUUUUAAAAAGUAAACGAGAUUUAAUUGAAAAUUACUGCAACACAAAUGCUUUGAAAAAGUGAAAAAAUAUUAGCAAAAUUCCGUUUUCGUAAUAAUACUUUGGAAACACAAACGAAAUUAAGAAAUACCUGAGUCGGAUUUUUUAAGUAAUUUUUGAAAAAUUAAAAGAAAAAAUUAGAAAAUUAUAACUUAAGAAAAUUUAACGAAAUUAAAAGAGUUGAAAUAUAUUUAGAUAAAAAUAAUUUUUUUUGGAAAACUUAACGAUGUUAUAUAAAUAAAAAUAAUUUUGGAAAUUAAAGAAAUAAAAUAAAAAAUUAUAACUUUAAAUCUUUAACUUUGAGAGAUUUGAACGAAAUUGGAAAAGUAAUAAUAUAAUUAAUUAAAAAAAAAAUUGGAAAAUUAACGAAAUUAUAUAAAUUAAAGUAAUACUGGAAAAUUAAAAAAAAAAAUUAAAUAAAAAAUGAUAACUUUAAACAUAUUAUUUUGUGGAAAUUGAUCGAAAUUUAAAAAGUAAAAAAAUAAUUAAUUUUAAAAAUUUUGAAAAUUUAACGAAAUUAUAUACAUAAAUAAAAGUACUUUUGAAAAAUUUUAGCAAGCAUAUCUAUCGAAAUUGAAAAAAAAUAACAUUAAUAUCAAAAAUAUUUUUGGAAAAUUACACGAAAUUAUAAAAACAAUUUAAUUACAACAGAAAUACUUCGAAAAGAAAUAUACGAAAUUUACUAAAACCGAUAUUAGAAAAACAAUUGUGCAGCUAGAUGUAAUUAUUGAAGAAAAAUGCAGAAACAAUAUUAAAUAUAAUGCAAAUUAAAGAGUUAUUGUAGCCAACUUAAUAGAAAUAAAUAGAUCGAGUAAGAAAAAAUUAAAUUUAUUUUCGGGCAAGCAAAAAAAAUGUAAAAAAUUACUUAACUGAAUAUUGCGCUUACAAGCCGAACAAAGAAGUAGAGCUAUUAAGCGAACGAGUUUCGAUUUUGCACUAAAAAAUUAAGCUAUAAACAAUCUUUUCGAUUUUGAACCAAAAAAUUUAAUCAUAAAGUAAAUGAAUUUUCGAUUUCGAACCAAAAAAUUUUAUUUCGAUAAUUAAUUAGUUAAUUAAAAAAAAAAUAAUUAAAAAUUCAGAAAAAAUUAAUUAAUUGAAAAUAACAAAAAAUUAAUUAAUUGAAAAAAAAUUAAUUAAAAAUUAAGAAAAAAUUAAUUAAUUGAAAAUAAAAAAAUAAUUAAUUAAUCAAAAUUAAAAAAAGAAAAGAUAUUUAAUUAAUAAAAAAUUUAAUAAAAAUUAACUAAUUAAUUAAAAUAAAGCAACCCAAAAAAGUGAAAUUAUGUAAAAGCUAAAACUUAACUUAAAUACAGUUUACAAUAAUAUUUUUUUUAUAAAAUUAAAAAUAAUAAUAAAUUAAAUUAAUAAUAUUUUUUUAUAAAAAAAUUAAAUGAUUACUUAAACCAAGCAUAUGUUAUUAAAAUGUUAAGCACCAAAUUAUUAGCUACACAUACAUAAGUAUGUACAUACAUAUAUUGAUUACUAGCGUAAGGCUUUCUUAAUAUAAAACACACAGAAAUAUUCGAUAGACAUACAUACAUACAUAUAUAUAUAUAGUAUAUAAUAUAUAUCCGACGUAUUUAAUGCGUACAUAUGUUUACUUAAUAUUAUGCGAUGGCGUUUUGAUAUUUCUAUGUAUAAUAUUUAAGCUUAACUGUAUAAAGUUCAUGCAAUGUAAUUAAGUUUAGUGCGUGAGAACAGGGCGUAUGUGCCACACUUGCAAGUUAUAUAAUAUAUUUGUAUGUAAAAUAUGUAUUUGCUUGUUUUUGUAUCUAAGAAAUAUGGGAUAAAUAUAUAAACUUUAAUGUAA